CUGCCAUUGUAAUGUUUUGUCACCUUAUUCAUGCGUUACAUAGAGGAAACACAGACAACAGGAGACACAUACAUGAAACAUACAACAAUACACCUGUUGGAAACGAUAGAUUCAGGAUCUUAGUGCAUUCAAACCCGGACACUGCAAGACCGUAUUUUCUAGUUUAAUUUUUAACAACUUUCCAGAGUUCGAAUCUCAACUGACUUUAAAUUUCAAUCACAUUCAUAAUCAUCAUUCAAAUCAGAAAGUUAACUACCACCUUGAAAUAACCUAAUUAAAUUGUAAACUGGCUGACCAACCGACCGAUCGACCGAUCAACCAACAUUGACCGACUGAACCGGCCGACCGACCAACUGAUCAACCAACCAACAACUCACCAAAGGUUUGAGGUUCGUAUGUGUGUUCAGGCUGAUGAAUUUCAGUGACAUGCUGCAGACUCUGAACAUCUUGAGGACAUCUAACCAGAUCCGAUUGGUGGAUUUGUUUGGCCUCUUCCUCUGCGUUUGGGUCGGUUCCUCAGGGUUUGUCCAUCUGGUCGAGAACUCAGGCGAUCCAUUCUUCUGUUACGAGAACGCCAAACAACUAUCUAUCUGGAAUAGCCUGUAUCUGCUCGUAAUCACCAUGUCCACUGUGGGCUACGGAGACAUCACCUGUCAAACUGUCCUCGGCAAAAUAUUUAUCUUGGUCUUCUUGUUUGGAGCCAUUGCCCUGUUUGCCACCUCAGUGCCAGAAAUAAUUGAAAUAAUGAAUAGUACAAGACAGAAACAUUUAGUUGAGUACACUAGAGAACAAGGAAUAAGACAUCUGAUAGUUGGCGGUCACAUCUCCCACGCAACGAUGAAGAACUUCGUGAGAGACUUCAUACACGAUGACCGCUUGAAUGUUUCGUUGAAGAGUAUCGUACUCGAUGAGAGGGAACCAUCGUUGGAGCUGGAAUCCUUAUUCAAAAGGUAUUACAACAGGAUGGCUUUUGUAAAGGGGUCAAUGAUGAUUAUCAAAGAUCUUAAACGUGUCAAGCUCUUAAACGCUGAGAUGGUUCUCAUACUAACCAACCAGUCCACCAAAUCAGCUGAUGAUGAAGAUACAAACAACAUUAUGAGAGCCAUAGCCGUGAAGAAUUACUGCCCGGACGCAAAAGUUAUCCUGCAGUUGUUGAAAAUUGAAAGUAAGACGAUAUGCAAGAACCUGCCAUUUUGGACGAGUAGAGACCACAUAAUCUGCUUCACUGAGAUGAAGAUGGCCUUCAUGGCAGCUGGAUGCCUCGCUCCUGGCUUCUCCACCUUUCUAUCCAACCUUCUCCUCAUGUACUCCUACAAAAAUAAAAAUCGAGAGAGGAUAACCUCCGUUGAUAAAACUCUUUACGAGGACGAAGACGCGCCGACUAGCCCAUCAGACAUCAACAACAACGAAGCACUGAACUUUGUGCGUGAAACUUCAAUUGAUAUGGAGUCAGUACGUCUGCCACUACUCCAUUCAAACCUUGAGGAACAAAAAAAUCAUCCUAACGAGAGAUCAUCAUCAGCACAACAACCUGUAAAACCAUCAUCACCACCACCACCACCUUCUGCAUCCUAUGAACAAUUGGAAGAUGAACUCGUGGAAGAAUUUGAUGCAACCGGAUAUUUUUAUUGGACACCAGCCAGAAAUCUUGACCAGUGCUUGCUGGGAGAUGAUAGAAGCGAGCAGAGGUUGAAGAAGUUGAAGGACCACAUCAUACUCUGCCUGUCUCAGCAAUCAAUGGGAUCUCUGCGUAGUUUCAUAUUGCCCUUGCGAUCGAGUUCACUGACGCCGGCACAGUUGCACACCAUUGUCAUCGUGACGGAGAAUAAACUGGGUGUCGAGAAGGAAUGGAAUGGGAUUCAAAACUUUCCUAAAAUAUUCAUCAAAAUUGCCUCUCCAUUCAACCGAGGCGUGUUGAGAAGCAUCAGCAUUGAGAAAUGUCGCAUGUGUGUCGUGCAUGCAGCGCAGACCGGCGCCUCACCAAGUGACUGCAGGAGCGACGACAGUAGCGAUCCAGAUUUUGAAUCCGUGCAAGAAGAUAGCAAGGCUCUGUUGAUCACAUUGAACAUAAAGAACAUGACACUAAAGAACAUGAUGAAGAAGCACAAAGGCACUGCAUUCAACUUGUUGCACCGACAGUUCUUCUUGUUCAAUGACUACUUAUCCUCUAAUAAGUCAAUAAACAAGGAGUCAAAGAUUCGACUGUGCGACUCCAUACCACUGUUGACGGAACUGAGUACUUCAAUUUUAUUGAACAUUUUUGGAAGAGUUUUUUUAAAACUUUUUCGUAAAAUUAUAAUUUUCAAUCCCGAGACGUACAACCUGAUUCGCCUUCUGGUCACAGGGUCGGAUACUGACGAUCAUGAUUUACUGCUGGCGGAAGGACUCACAGAGCAGAGUUGUCAGAUGCGUGAAGAGGAGUUGCUUGCUAUCAGAAGCAGGUGCACUGUCACUCUGCUUCCUCUCAACCAGGGAAUUCUCAGCCCAUAUGCUAAAGAUGUCUUUGAAAAGAUGUUUACAAAUGUUCUGUCCAAAAACGGUAUCCUGUGUAUCGGUUUGUACCGCUUGUUGUGUCCGGCCGCGAAUAUCGACGCAAACAACCGAUUCGUCAUCACUCGCCCACCUCCAGAUAUGAUCUUACUGGAUAGUGAUAAGGUUUACUGUCUGUGCCCACAUGCGCUCAUACAACGAGACAUGAUGACAGAGUAUACAUGCUACAAUUUGCCAAAAUGCUCAACAUAACAUUUUAAUUUUAUUAAUUUAUGACUUUCUAUGCAUAAUUCUAACAAAUGACGCUGUUCUAAUAUAUUUCUGCAUUUAUUUUUUACUAAUGCCUUAUACGAUACAUACAUUCCAUUUAUAUUUUUCAUCAUUUUCGAUGACAAAACGUUAUUUAAUUUGCCCUUGAUUGUUCGUGGAUGAAGAUUAUUUUUUCUGGUUUUUAAAUAAAAUUAAUUUCCUGCAAUAAA